AGAAAAUCCCUUUCCUUCUUCGAAACGCUACCGUAAAGUCUCUCUAAAAUCACUCCACGACACUGUGCUCGUGCAUCGAUUUGCUGUACUUUCUCUCUCUAAAACCCUAUGAACAGUACAGCACUUUAACGGGGAUCGGCCAUUCACAACUGGUCAGUUCUCCUUGUAGGGAUUCUCUUUUUGAUUUGGUUGAAGAAAAGGAAAAUCACUAUUGAACUUUGAUGGCUGCAAUGGAUCCUAUAGACAUCAGUUCAUCUGAUAGUGAUAUGGAGAUAGGCGAAGCUAGGCAAUCAGAAACAUUGCAUAGGCAAUCAAGCAAUUUGAGAAUUCUUCCCCCAUGGGGAACCAAUCAUAGCAUAAAGUCAGGGAGUACAGAUAAAAAAAAUGCAGGUUAUGGUGGGCAAUCUCGAACGGCUCUUUCUCAAGAAAGGGCUAAUGCUUCAGAUGCAAGCACUUCAAAUGCAAAUAAUCAUUCACAGACAAAAGUGCAGAUGCUUCCUGGUUCUAGGGAAGACAAUCAAGGUUCAAACCGACGUGCGGGCCGAGCAGAGGAUUCUAAUUAUUUUUCUGGGAAUGGGAAUGCUUUGAAGAGGACUCUUCCUGCAUUUUCUCAGCCAUGUGCACCAAGUACAAAAUCAAAAUAUUUAGUGGAAAAUGUGAGCAGCAGUCAGAUUCAUGAUGCAUAUGGAAAUUCUUAUAAUUUAGCUGGACCAGGUGCAACCAAUGGUGAGGGCUAUAUGAGAGACUAUUAUUUGAAGGGCAAAGACGAUGACAUUAUGAUGUAUGAGAAUAAUGGGAAUAGGGUUCUACCUUCUUCUUUGAUGCAUGGAAAGAAUUUUUCCUCGGCACAAUUUGGUGGUCCAAGUGACUCAGUCUACCGUUCAGGUCUCACCGAAGAAAGAGCUGUUGGAAGUGAUGAAAGAUUGAUUUAUGAAGCAGCAGUAGAGGAACUUAAUCAGCCAAAAGUUGAAGCUACUCUACCUGAUGGUCUUUUGUCUGUCUCUCUCCUAAGACAUCAGAGGAUUGCAUUGGCGUGGAUGCUUCAGAAGGAAACAAGAAGUCUGCAUUGUUUAGGUGGAAUUUUAGCUGAUGACCAGGGCCUUGGUAAAACCAUCUCAAUAAUUGCCCUUAUACAAAUGCAGAAGUUUUUGCAAUCAAAGUCAAAAACAACAUCCAAUCACAAACCUGAAGCGUUGAAUUUGGAUGAUGAUGAUAAUGAUGGUGCUGUUUCAGAAAAGGCCAAGCAGACCGAAGAAUCUGAUGAAAUUAAACCAGUCCCAGAAGCAAGCACCUCUACUCGUGCAUUCAGUCGUCGGAGGCCAGCUGCUGGUACAUUGGUUGUGUGUCCAGCUACUGUUCUCCGACAGUGGGCCAGGGAGCUGGAUGAUAAAGUUUCAGAUGAGGCCAAACUUUCUGUCCUCAUCUACCAUGGAGGCAGUAGGACCAAGGAUCCUGUUGAGCUAGCCAAUUAUGAUGUGGUUCUGACGACAUAUUCUAUUGUUACUAAUGAAGUUCCAAAACAACCUUUAGUUGAUGAAGAUGAGGGUGAAGAAAACAAUGGGGACGUGUAUGGAGUAUCAUCCGUAUUUUCAAUCAAUAAGAAGAGAAAAAAGAUAUCUAAUGUUAGCAAGAAGGGAAAGAAGGGUACAAAAGAAAAUGGUUCUUCCAUUGAUUGUGGUUGGGGUACACUUGCCAAAGUAGCUUGGUUUAGGGUGGUACUAGAUGAAGCUCAAACAAUAAAGAAUCACCGCACUCAAGUUGCUCGAGCCUGCUGCAGCCUUCGAGCCAAAAGAAGGUGGUGCUUAUCUGGAACACCAAUACAGAAUGCAAUUGAUGAUUUGUACAGCUACUUCAGGUUUUUAAGAUAUGAUCCAUAUGCUGCAUAUAAGUCUUUCUACAAUACCAUAAAGAUUCCAAUAUCAAGAAAUUCACUUCAUGGUUACAUGAAGCUUCAAGUUGUGCUGAAGGCUAUAAUGCUGCGCCGUACAAAAG